AUAAAAAAGAAAAAAAAAGAGGCUGAAACCAGUACCGAUACAACUACUUAAGAAAAGGUAGUAUUGUAAACUAAAACCACAACAACAUUAAACACAACUGAAGGGUCUCUCUGCGAUGGUUUCCCUAUCAACUUGGUUCCGAUACAUAGCUCACAAGCUCGAGUACUCCGUCUCUCUUACCUGGAAGAGCUAUCAAAGAGGUCAAAUUACCGACAGAGAAAUGGGUGACGCUGUUUGGAAGAAUCUAUUUCAGGGAAAGUUGACAUACUUGCACUGGAAUAAGGGAGAGGAAAUGGCCCCUACUAUAGGUCCACAAGGGGGAACUCUUCUGGUCCGGAAAUUACCAGCUGCAGAUCCCACGCGUGUUUUUGUUGGAGAUGUGGUGGUGGUGAAGGACCCCCAGAAAUCAGAUGACUAUCUAGUCAGAAGAUUGGCUGCUAUUGAAGGGUACGAAAUGGUCUCUAAGGAUGAAAAAGAUGAGCCUUUUAUUCUUGACAAGGAUGAGUGCUGGGUCUUGGCUGACAAUGAGAACUUAAAGCCCAAGCAGGAAGCCAAGGACAGUCGAACGUUUGGUCCAGUUCCCAUGACAGAUAUUGUUGGUAGAGUACUAUAUUGCCUGCGAACAGCUGUGGAUCAUGGCCCUGUGCAGAAUAGUCAUUUCAGUAUGAAAAAGGAUUCACCAGUGUUAGAAGUCGAACUUGAUGUUGAUGAGAUGGCAAAAAAUCACAAAGCCUAAAUGUGCCCACAGAAAGCAUUGACUUGGUUUGUAUGUAUUGCUCUUUCCUCCCCAUUUUCCUAUUGGAUUACUUUUCACCCAUUUUGUUUGAACUACAAAGGAAAAAUAAAAGAGGGGAUUUUAAACGUUCAUUGAAUCGUGGUGUAUUUAUGGUUAUCCUUGACCAGGUGUGCUAAUUGGGUAAUCUAGUCUUUCUUCCCUACUCAGCAUAUGAAGUGGCCUGUACCGAAUUUUGAGUUUCAGCUGUAUUUAACUUUGCAUUGGAACAGUAUUCUAGUCUUAAAAUCUAGCCAAAAGGAAUCAAUCUUGUUGCUGUUCUGGAUGCUUAUAUUGGGACACACUUCGAUUGCAUUUAGUUGCCUGUGAGCUUGCUGUUGUCAAGUGUUGGAAGAAUAACAUCUGAUUCCGAAAACUGUUCCUAUUUUUCACCCCCACCUGCUGGCCAUACUUUGGCAUGUUUUAACAUGCGCUUUUUAUGCUCCAAAAUUACUAUGAUACUCUUCUUGAGA